AUGAGGGCGAUAUCAGAUCAUCCUCAGCAGCGGGGCGACAUACAUCUGGAUCAUCCCCAGCAGAGGGGUGACGUGCACGAUGAGCUGGAGCUUCUGCUCGCCCGGUACCCCCAAGUCAGUGCUGGCUUGGAUGAGGCUGCCGUGGCGAGACUCCGGGAGGCGGAACUGGAUCGAGCCGAAGAGAUCCUUGAAGACAUGGCUCAUAUGGGCAUUCACAAUCCAUCUGCAUUUGUGGUCAAGGCCGUUUCAUCGUCGAGAAUCCGACGAGGAAACCCCGAUGCACUGGCGCCACCGCCAGCCAAGAUGGCAAGGACCCAAUACAGAAACGGCUUGUAUCCCGAAGCUCGCACUGGGAGGAUGCCGGAGGCAUCGGAUCUCGGGAGACGUGGUGCUCAAGCCGGACUCGAUGAUGACGCCUUGAGGCUCUUGCGCGCGGCAGAUCCAGCUUGA